UGAAAUUUAAUAUUUAAUCUCUAAAAAUGAAAUAAAAUGAAAAUUUUAUACAAAGUUGAAAACUGGGUCAAUAGGUUUUUAGGUUAGAGUGGCAACACAGCUGAUUGAAUUUCACUCAUAUUGCACGAAAGUCACGUGAGGUUCAUCUCAUACCAUACCAAUAUGGCGUCAUAAUUUGUGAGUUGUGUGAUGAUUGUGUUGUAAACAAAGAUAUUGCCUGUCAUUAUUUCUUAUAAUUGAGUUAUGGGAAAUGCAAGUAGUAAUGCCGGACGCGAUCGAAACAAAUCUGGAGAUAAUCAACCUCCACAUUCCCCCACUAAAGACGAACAGGCUUUCGUGUUUGAUAAAAAACCGACCACCAAACUUGUUUUUCAAUCUUCACACGACGAUGAGGAACCGUAUUUUACAAAGGGCCAGGAUAAUGAAUUCGGCAUUGCUCCAAGGCAGCGCUCGGCCACCGUGUCAGAAGGCACCAAGGUCAAUGAAAAGGCACUGCCAACUGUAUUCAAAUGGGAAGGCGGUGGAAAAAAUGUCCUGAUCAGCGGGACAUUUUCUAACUGGAAAACUAUUCCAAUGGUGAAAAGUCAUGGCGAUUUCGUCACAAUCAUUGAUCUUCCCGAGGGCGAGCAUCAGUAUAAAUUUUUCGUCGAUGGAGAAUGGAAGCAUGACCCCACAGUGAGAAUCAUCGAUAACGGAAUGGGCUCAAAAAAUAAUUUAGUGACAGUCAAGAAGAGUGAUUUUGAAGUUUUCCAAGCACUGGCUAUGGACAGUGAAAGUAUAUCUUCCAACCAACAAACUGAAUAUUCCCAAGAUAUUCCUCAAAGUAGGCCAUGGGAAAAACCAUCAGGUCCUCCUAUACUGCCUCCUCAUUUACUGCAAGUCAUCCUCAACAAAGAUACUCCUUUAUCGUGUGAACCAACUCUUUUACCAGAACCAAAUCAUGUUAUGCUGAACCACUUAUAUGCUCUGUCAAUUAAGGACGGAGUAAUGGUGUUGAGCGCAACACACCGAUAUAGGAAGAAAUAUGUUACCACCCUUCUCUACAAGCCAAUUUGAUAGUUGGUGAAAUAUUUUCGUUGUAAAUUGCCGAUUUUAUUGUGUAUUCUGGUAGCUACAGGGUAGACUCGAAGAAAUAUUGAUGUAUAAUUAUAAUGUUUCGAGAAAUCUGUUGUAAGCAGUGGUGAUUUUUCGAUGUAUAGUUGUUAAGAAGGUUGUUGGAAAAAUUGCUGUUGAUAUCCAAUCUAGUUAUUUUUGCAAUUUUAUUUACAAUCUAGUUAUCUUAACAUGGAUAUUUCCUCUAAUUAUGCCAUAAAUAUGUUUAACUAACAUUGAAGAAUAUUUUUUUUACCCCUUUAUUAGGUUAAACUGAACCAUUGUCGUUUUACACUAACUCUACCAUCCUAUUAGAAAUUUUCAAACAGAAAUCGACUUUACCUAUUUUAAAUGUUUUUAAUCGUAAAUUGACCAGGUAUAGUUCAAUUUAUGGUUGGACUGCUACCUUCAUUUUUGCUAUAAUAUAUAUAAAUAUUGUGAUGUCUAUUACUAUGGCUUAGAUAAAAUAUGAUCUGCUUAUUAGUUGGAGCUCCUAGUUAUGCUUACAAUUUUUAUAUGGAAAAUUCUCUAAUGAUCAUUAUUAUUUUGUUUCAUCUUCAAUAAUAUUUUACUAUAUACUUUCAUGAAAAAUAAAUUUUUCAAAUAGCUAUUAUCAGUGAAUAUGCUCUACUAUAUUUCUCAUAUCUUACUACUCUUUACAUUAGAUUAAGUUCUGUGUGUUUUUUCAACAAGUAAUUACUUUCCAAAGUGAGGAGCUUUCUAGUGAUUAAUUAUUUUUGUAGUAUUUUAAUAUUUUGUGUUCUAUCUAGAUUAAGUAAUUUAAGGCGAUUUUGUUAUUCGUUGUAUCAUUUUAAUAGUAUUAUGAAUUAAUUAAUAAAUGUUAUCAUUCAUAA